CGUACACUUGCCACGCUAUUUGUACUAUUGGUAGGAGUUUCGUCCAGCACUGAGGAUGGAAUUGACAAUCAUGAACUUCAAAUCGUAAGCCACGUUGUGCAACGACACUGCAGUCUGCCAGGGCCCAGACUCGGACUCCAUACUAUGAUGUAAUGCAACCUUACAAGUACCAACGCGCUUCAAGCACCUCAGUCUCGACUCUCCACAUCCUACCACUACCAAUUAUCUGACCCUUGACAAACUCGCAAUGUCGAGCUUUCCCGAUUAUUAUGCGUUGCUGAAUGUGCCAAAGACGGCCACCGCGGAAGAGAUCAGACAGGCUUAUAAAAGGGAGUCACUCAGGACUCAUCCGGAUAGAUUGGCCAAUGCUACUGAAAACCAGAGAAAAGCGGCAACAGAAAAGUUUCAAGCAGUAGCAGAUGCCUACUAUGUUCUGUCGGACCCAGUACGACGGAAAGAAUAUGAUGCAUUAUACUCCUCGAAGAGCGCCGGGGAUAGAAGCAGUGACCCGAAGGCGUCUUCAAAUUUCUUCGCGCAUUUUGCCAGCAUGUUUGGUGGUGCAGGCGCAGCACCAGCUCAAGGGCCGAGACCUAAUGCUGAGAACGUAUUUGCGGACGUAUUUGACGAGCUCCUCCGUCCAGAGGUAGAACGUCACGUACCAUGGUGGUCAUACCUUGGCGCCGUUUGUGGUGGUGGAAUGGGAUUCGUAGUUGCUAAUCUCCCGGGUCUCGUGAUGGGCGCGUAUGCAGGUAACCGCAUCGGUGCGAUACGCGACGCCAAAGGUAAGAGUGUUGCUGCCGUAUUCUCCGAGCUUAGAGGGAGCCAGAAGGCGGAGAUAUUGCGCGCUUUGGCCGCGAAGGUGCUAGGCGCCACUAUGUGAUAAACAUGUUAUUAUUCGCUGUACUUAUGUUAUGUUCUGUAUCAUGUCCACGUACCCACGUACCCCAUUAGCGUAUCAUUGUUUUACUCUCAACUUGAAGCUGUCGGCAUGAUUGAACACACGAUCUCUAUGGAGCUGGAGUUAUUUGUGUGUGUGGGUCCAUGAAGUAGUAGCAGUACGAGAUGACCACAUACUUUAAUACUUAAACGGACU